CCCCUUUCCAUUAGCCCUCGCCCCUUCCAUGCCAAGUUCCUGACUUUUUCCUUCUGCCGCUUUUUUUUUUUAGGGCCGUUUCUUCUCCUCGGGAAGCAAAGAGCCGCUGACCUGCCUGCGCUCCCCAUGGCUGAGAAAGGGCAGAAUGAGUUGCUAAAGGCCCGAGACAGGACCCUGAGCGUCUUCCGCGAAGAUGCAGAACAGGAAUGGAAGGGCCCCUUCUAUUUUAUUCAAGGAGCAGAUCCUCAGUUUGGGCUGAUGAAGGCAUAUGCCAUCGGCGAUUGCGACAGCGGCGGCGACGAAUGGGAAGCAGAAUUGCAACUCACCCGACAGGCUGUGGAAGCAGUUAACCAUCUGAACCCGAAACCAAAAUUCUUCGUCCUAUGCGGGGAUUUAAUACACGGCAUGCCUGGGACGGAAUGGCGGGAGGCCCAAAUUCGGGAUCUGAAAAAUGUUCUGAAGGGCCUUAGGAGCGACAUCCCUCUGGUUUUCGUCAGUGGCAACCAUGACUUGGGGAAUACGCCAACUCCGGAGACAAUCCACGAUUAUUGCCAACUCUGGGGGGAUGAUUACUUCAGCUUUUGGCUUGGUGGCGUCUUCUUUCUCGUGUUGAAUUCUCAACUGUAUUUUGAUGCCUCCAAGUGCCCAGAAUUAAAAGAGGCUCAGGACACAUGGCUGGAGCAGCAACUUGCCAUGGCAGAAAAAAAGAAAUGCCGUCAUGCAGUCAUCUUCCAGCAUAUCCCCCUCUUCAUCAGCAAACCUGAUGAGGACCAUAACUACUUCAAUUUGGAGAAGGUUGUUCGAUAUGAGCUCCUGGAAAAAUUCCACCUAGCAGGUGUUAAAGCGGUGUUUUCUGGGCACUGUCACAGAAAUGCUGGAGGAACCUACAAAGAUCUUGACAUGGUAGUUUCAUCUGCCAUUGGAUGCCAGCUAGGAGAUGACACCCACGGAGUGCGGAUGGUGGCGGUCACUGCCGAAAAGAUCGUCCAUAGAUAUUACAGUCUGAAUGAGCUGAGUAACCAUCAAGAAGUCGAAAAGGAGGUUAUGGGGUUGAUAAAUCCAAAUUAGCUCUAGGUUUAAACAAUUGCUGAACAGCAUUCAUCUCUCUGUUUCUGUAUUAUUAAAACAUGGGUCUGUCCCCCCCACUCCCCUUUAUCUGAUAAGGAAUCACCCCACCAAGCCAAAAGAAUGCAAAUGGCAAGCUCAGAGUACUUUCUCCAAGGCAUGAAAAGAUCUGGACUUGCAUUAUAGACAUAGUGACACCACUAUAGAAUUUGUAGUUAAGACAAGAUAAUUCUGGAAUGUUCUGUUCUUAGAGAACAAGCAGCUUUUUUUUUUCUUUUUAGUGUGCAAGGGCAUUUGUGGAUAAGUAAGAUAUUCUGUCUCUAGCAAACCAAUAAGGCUGGAACAGACUAUGAUAUCAUGGGAACAGUAAAAAGGAAUCACUUGUAUCUCAGAGCAGAUGGUGGUAUAGUUAUGGACUUCUAGAAUAGAUAAAAUUAAAUCCACAUUUUCUAUGCGCAUUUUUACUGAGUUAAGGACUCCUCCAUCACAGGUAGGGUUUAUCAGACCAUGUCAUGUACCAAUUCUGUGCCUUUUGCCUCUCAGCGAUUACAGUGCUCUGCACUCUUCAGUAAAUGUACCCAUAAGCGGGAUCAGGAAGUUCUAAAUAAUUGGUAGUUGAGAGGAAGUCAUCAAUUUACCUUCCCCUAAUUUACAUUUAGUGGAUUAGGAAUGGGGUGAGAUAACAGAAUCGAUUGAUUGAUUGGUCGGCUGGUAAAUUGGUUUCCGGGAAGAGUGACAUUGCGUUAUGGCAAUGGCAUUCUGGAUUAAAAUGGCAGCCAUUGGUUGGUAACCUGUGGCCAGUUUGUUCAUUAAAGUGGGGGGGGCACUGUAAAUGCUCUCCCCUGAACACUGAAGAAUUAUCCCCUCCCAAAGCAUAGUUGUAUGAAAUCCUGAUUCUGUGUCAGAUUAGACCAUCUAACACAGAGAUGGAGAACCUGUAGCUUCCUAGAGUGUGCUUUUCUAGCUUCUGACAUCCCUCACCACCAUCCAUGUUACCUGGAGCUGCUGGGAGUUGUGCUUCAGCAACUUUCUGAAGGUCAUUGCCCAAAUCCCCGCUCUGAUUGAAUGGCUAACCAUAACAACAUCCAUUCGGUUGAUGUUGUUGUUGAGCCUUGAUCCCACCAUCUGGUUUGCCAGUCCUCAAAUCUUACAGGAGAAAUAAUAAGUGUUUGAUUCCAGUCCCAUUGAAAUACAAUUCCCUCACCUCUCCUG